AUUUUAGGUAACUAGCUAGCUAGUAGACAAUUUGACAUUUAUGUUACUCCUAGACUGGAUGCACCUGGUUGGGCAUCAAUGUUUAUUUUUCUGAAAGGAUAUAAGGUCUUUCGUCAGGUUGUAAAGUGCUUUGUAUUGCUUUGGUUACUAUGGAGACAGUUGGGUAGCCCGAAGGAUUAGAUAGCUACACUAACGUUAAAGUAAGCUUGUUGGCUGUCAAAUUCCCACACACAGGACCGAGGAUCACAAACAUUCACAAACAUCUUCACAAUGAAAAAGGGGCUUACCCAGAGGAUCUCACCCAGGAGAGGAGCUAAAGCAAGCUUAAGGAUACAGAGUCCAGGCUCACCACUGUCGGACCCUUACAGCCUUACUCCAUCUCCCACCCGUUUACCUCUCCACCGGACAACCCACUCCAAGAUGGACAGUAAUCACCAGUUAGACAUUACUUAUGCAAAUGAAGAUUGGCUACUCGCAAAGACUGUGGCCAUUAAAGAUGAAGAGAGUAUCCAGGGAAUCAGAUAUAUCACAGAGGACCUGAUCUCGAGGCUGACCAAGCAGGACAAAUUAGCCUUUGUACGGUCCCUGAACCUGGCCAUAACAAAGAGUGGAGACAAGAAAUUCAAGUUCAUUGAGAAUUUGGAGAAGUGCGAGCGCCUGCAGGUCCUCAACGUCAGCCAUAAUGUCAUUGAAAAAAUUGAGAAGCUCGAAAAGCUGCACAACUUGCGGGAACUACAUGUCUCUAACAACAGAAUCCAUAAAAUUGAGGGCCUAGAGCACAUGGCAAGUCUUCAGCUUUUAAAUCUUUCCAGCAAUGACAUUGAACAUGUGCCUCUGUGGCUGGCUAAGAAACUCAGAUCACUCCAGACUUUAAACCUUCAACGUAACAAGAUCUCUUCUCUGCAGGAGCUGUCCAGACUAAAGCCUCUGAAAAACCUAACAGAGCUGACUGUGGCAGAGAACCCUAUAGCCAAUCUCCCCCAUUACCGUCUCUUCCUGGUUUUCCACCUGAGGUCACUUGAGAUGCUGGACGGACAGCCUAUCAGCCAGGAAGAGAGAGAGCAGGCCCACCAGCGGUUUCAAAUGGAGGAGAUUGAGCGUCUGGAGCAGGACCUGGAGUGUCGUGUGGCAGAGAUCGGGAGGCUGCAGAGUGAGCAGGCGGUUGCAGUGGAGGAGCUUGAACAGCAGGAUGCGCUCAUUGACCAACUGCAGCUGAAGAGCCUGCAGGAACAGCACUGUCAGGCCCAGCAGGAGCAGGAGCUGGACACCAAGACAGAGCUGCUGAAACAGAAGACAAUGGAGCUGACGCGAGCAUGCCAGAAGCAGUAUGAGCUGGAGCAGGAGUUAGCCUUUCAGAAGAUCGACGCCAAGUUUGAACCAUAUCCCUAUUACCCAGACCAUGAGUUGGAGGCAGAGAGCUUGCUGGAGGAAAGCCCUUACAUUGGAAAGGCACGGCACAAGAGGAACGCGGUGGCCUCAGAUGGCAUCCAGAAUCAUCAGAUGGAAACUGCAGGCCACACAGAGACAGACAACCCUAGGCAAGAUGCGUCCAAGAUCAGCUCCCGAGACUGCAGCCAAGAACAGACUAAAGCCGAGCAGCGUCUGCAGCAGUUGCACAGGGAGAUCGAGGAGGCAGAACAGCAUGUCCUCAGGGCCGGUAGAGAGCUUCGCCAGCUGGAAGAGACGCUCUCCCAGAAACAGGUGUCUGAGGCAGAGAAAGAGCAACUAAGGCAGCAGCUUCACAGGAGGAUCCAGCAAGUGAGGCAGCUGAGAGACGACGCGGAGGCUCUGGAGGGACAGCUGGAGAUGCAGAGAGGGGAAAUGAGCCGAGCCCAGGGAGAGCUGGACCACCUCCAGGGCCUACUCGACACACUGGACCCCAGGGACCCUCAGCAUGCCCAUGUGAAGGCUCAGGUGUCCAGGAAGAGCCAGCUGCUGGACAUGAUGAGCAGGAAGCACCGGGAGCUGGAGGGCCGGCUGGACGGCAUGCUCUCCCGUAUCGCCAAGGAGACCGAGGAGAUCAAGGACCUGGAGCAGCAGCUGACCGACGGUCAGAUAGCAGCCAACGAGGCUCUUAAGAGGGACCUGGAGGGUAUCAUCUCUGGCCUGCAGGAGUACCUGAGCGGGAUGAAGGAGCAGGCCCGGCGUGCCCAGGCAGACUGCCACCACCUGCAGAGGGAGAUGGAGGCCCUACAGCGCUGCCUGGAUGAGAGCCAGGAGCAGCGCCGCUUGCUGGAGAUAAUCGCCACUGCCAACGAUACAGACAAAGCACAGCAGCAGCAGGAGCUGGAUGCGCUGAGGAGGGAGAACGCUGAGCUGCGGCGGGCGCAGGGUCAGAUCAGCGCCUACGAGGCGGAACUGGAGAGCCAGCUGCAGGAGCGCCACACUGAGGCGGGCCAGCUAAAAGAGGAGCUGGGACGACUGCGCAGGCUUAGCCAGUUGGAGCACGCUGCCCUGCAGGCGGCUCUGGACAAGGAAAGGCAGUCCAAGGACAAUGCCCAGGCCCAACUGCAGCUGACUGCAGAGAGGGAGCAGCAGAGGGAGGAGCUCCUGGAACAGCUCACUGCUCUACAGGAGGACAAGGCCAGCCUGGAGGAGCGUGUGGGUGCUCUGCAGAGUGCUCUACAACAGGCCCGGGGAACAUUGCUAUGCCCGCAGGAGGUGCAGAGGUGUCUUGAGGAGAUGAUCAGGACCAUCACCUCAGGGCAGCCUGGCCACAUCAGCAGGGCGAGCAGAGAAGGGGGCGUGGUGGGCCGCAACCUGGAGCGGCUGCAGCGGGAGGUGCUGGGAGUGGUGUCGGCAGCCCAAACAGACCGGGACCAAGCCCAGCAGGGCCAGGCUCAACUCAGUCAGGAGCUGGCCUCCCUCCGAGAGCAACACAAGGCAGCCUGCCAGGCUGCAGCACAGGCCACGCAGGCAGCAAAGAGACUCGGUGAGGAGGAAAUACUCUGGCUCCGGGAGGAACUGCAGGAGGCACGAGAGCUCCAAAAACUGACAGGCCAGCGGCUCCAGGAGGCUGAGGACAAGCGAGGGCUUUUGCUCGCUGAGCUGGAGGAACAAGACAAACAGAUGGAAGUGGGCGAGUGUCGCACUCAGCAGCAGCUGCGGUCUCUGGACAUGGAGCUGCGGGAGCUAAGAAGCUCCUUCACAACGGCAGACAAGAUGGCCGCCCAGCAAUUGAGUGCCACCAAAGAGCAGCUCAGCUCCUUACACACCACCGUGGAGCAAAUCAACCAGGAGAGGGCUGAGGAUGCGGAGGAGCUGGAGGGGUCUAGGGUUCUAGCAGCCGAGAUCACUCAGAACCUGACCAAAGCCGAGGCUGAGAUCCAGCUGCUGCAAAAUCUACUGAAGGACAGGAUGCAUUUGAUGGACCGAAAUAGCCUGGGGGGUAUUUCAGACAACAGCAUCCAACAGCAGGAGCUGGAUCGACUGAAAUUGGCCUUGACCAGACAAGAGGCCCAGACUAAGCGACUGCGGGAGCAGCUUGCCCUGGCUAGAGAGAGAUGUGACUUUGACUCCACAGAGAACAGCGGGCACCUGGAGGAGCUUAUGGGGGAGGUGGGGGCUCUCAGGGAAAACCUGGUCCAGCAGAACCAGGUCUUAUCCAGCCUCAGAGACCCUCACAGGACCAGGGGUCACUGGUACUACGUCCCAUCAUCCACAAAUGCUCCCAGUUUAGGUUCUCAGGGCACUCAGGAUUCAGGUCUAGGGUUGCAGUAUCCUUCCUCGCCUGACAAGGGGCACCGCAGCAGCAGGCGCAGGGGGGUCCGUAGGGAUAGAGGCCCCCAGCCUGGUGGGGGAUAUUGGGUCUACUCCCCUCCGGCGCACACAUCCUCACACACUUACAGAGGAAGAGGUGAGGCGAGGGACAGUGGUGGUGAGAGCGACGUGGCAGACUGCAGCUCCUCUGGGACGGGGACUGGGGAUCACUUCAGCCAUCCCCCUGGCUCGGCCAUCUACACCAUGCUGCCUGACGGUUCGCCCCUGCCCCCUGGCUCUGUGAUCUAUGCCCCCCCUGCGGCCAGCCUGGCGGUCAGUCCCGGGACGGUCAUCUACGGGCCUCCUCCACAGGGGGCCCACCUGGUCUAUGGCCCCAGCCCCAGCAGCCUCUCUGGGCCCUGGCUCGGAGUCAGCCUCCCCACCGGGGUGCUCCACUGCAACAUGCCGGGGCACCAGGAGAUGGAGAGGGAGCUGGCCAGGCUGGAGCAGCUGGUGGAGGAACAGCAGCGUGGCAGCCAGGGCCCAGGGGAGGAGGAGAGGCAGGCCCAUGUGGAGAGGGAUGUGCUCCGUCUCCAGGAGCAGCGCACACAGCUCAGACUGGAGCUCAGAGAGCUCCGGAGAGCCUUAAGCCAACUUCACCGCCGCCGCAGGGAGGUGCUGGAGGGCCGAGGGGGCUCAGAGGUUGUGGAGGAGUCCCUGCGGCACCACGGGGCUCUGCUGGAUGAGGUAGAGUGUUUGGAGAAGACCCUGCUCCGCCGCAGGGCUGAACUCAGGGAGGCAGACCGACUGCUGCUGGAGGCUCAGAGCAGUCUGAAGGAAACAAGGACCAAGAACAAAGAGACUCUCCAGCAGCACACUGAGGCCCGGAAGCGGCUCGUUGACACAGAGCGGAAUCUGGAGGAGAUGGAACUCCGUGCUCGGGACAGCGCCUCCUUGCUGGUGGAAGCCAAACAACAUCUCAGGGAUCUGCAGGAGGAGCUCCAGGAGCUGAGGAAACGCAAGGAGGAGCAGGGAGACACUCUGCAGAGGGUGGAGCAGGUGGUGGCUGCGCGCGACCUGGAGUUCCAAGAGGUCAACAAGAAGGUGAAGCGAGCCAGUGAGCGAUUGGAGGACCUCCGGAGCCAGCUUCUGGAGACCCAGAGCAAGGCGUCCACACUGCUGGACACCUGCAAACAGUCUGAGAGCACCCUCGCCCAACGCAGGAGCGAGCUAGAGCGACUCAACAUUCAGGGGGCCUCGCAGCAGGAGGAGCUAUCUGUCCUGGACAGGAGGCUAGGUCAGUGGCGUGAGGAGGAGUGGGCGCUGCAAGAAAGGAAGGAGCAGCAGCGGCUGAGUCUGGAGGAGGCGCUGCGACAGGGAGAGGAGGAGACCCAUGAGCUGCACCGACGCAUCAAGGCACUGCAGGGGGAUGUAGAGCUGCUCUAUGUCCAGAAGGGUGAGCUGGAAGCCCAGCUGACUGAGAGGAGGGCCAGCGUGGCUGCACUCAAACAGCAGGGAGAUCGGGAGGAGGAGAUAAUUCAGAGUGUCCGCUCACAGAUCAACAAGCACAAAGCAGAGCUGAAGCACGUUCUGGAGAUGUUACAGAUGGAGGCCCAGGAGCUGCAGGGGGUGAAGCUGCGGCAUGACCAGCACCUGGACCAGCUGGAGAGGAGUCAGGAGAGCCUGCUGCAGGUGCGUGUAGAGCUGCAGGCGCUGCAGCAGGAGGUGUCGCGCCAGAUGUCUGAGGGUGAGCGCCAGAGGAGGCUGGCGGAGCAGGACCGGAAGGAGCUGGAGGAGCUGAGAGAGGAGGCGCAGGGAGUCCGGGAGCAGGUGGAGGAGGCCACCAGGGAGAGGAGCAGGCUGGAGGAGCAAUGUCGGAACCUGGAGGCCAGACGCACACACGCCGACCGGUGCUUGGAGGCGGCGGAGGAGGGGGCCCGGGGGGCCAAGGCCGAGCUGGACAGGCUGCAGGCAGAGCUGGGCCAGCUGAGACAGGAGCAGAGACAGGCUCACACACACAGGCAGAAGAUGGAACGAGACACGGCAGCCACUCAGCAACAGCUAUACCAGGAGUCUGAGCGCUUCAGUGGUCUGAAGGAGCAGGUGGAAGAGCGGAGACGCCAGUUAGAGAUGCUGGAGGAGGAGGUGCGAGUGUUGGUCAAGGGCCGGGACAGUGUGGCGGGGGAGGAGCAGGAGGCGAGGAAGCGGCUGGAGGAGGAUGAACGGAGAGCUGAGCAGCUGGAGCACAGGCUGAUGGAGCUGCACACUGACCUGGCUGAGAGGCAGACUCAAAUACAAUGUGCACAGAGGCUGCAAUGUGAGGCCAAAGAGCGUGAGGAGAGGCAGCGGCAGAGGCUCCAGGAAUUGCAGGCCCAGAGCCAGGUUGUGGAGAGCUCUCUGACCCAGCACACACUCCGACUGGAGCAGGUCACCACUGCAGUGGCGGACAUGGAGGACAGGAGCCGGCAAGCAGUGACCAGGGACCACAAGCAGUGUGCCAUCCUGCAAGAGCGCGUGGCUCAGCUUGGGCAGGAGCUAUGUAAGAGGGAGGCCCAGCUGCAGGAGCGGGCUGAGGAGCUGCUUGCGCUGCAGGAGGAGCUGGGGGCGUGUCGGGCGGAGGUGCAGGGUAUGCAGGAAGAGAGGAGGAGUGCCAAGGGCAGGCUGCAGGCCCAGAAGAGAUGCGAGCACGCCCACCGAGAGAAACUAAAGGAGACAGAGCAGCUGCGCGGUCAAGAGGAGGGCGAGAGCCGCCUGAGGGAGAUCAGGGAAGCCAUGCGUGGGCUGAAGACUGACGUCAAGGCAGAGCUGAACAGUGGGAUGGUAGAGCUGACCCUCGCCCCUGACCAAGAUCCCUCCUCCUCAGACACUGACAACCACAAAGAGAACUACCCCCACUACUCAACCCCAGCCGUGCCUAGACCAGCCUACAAUCCUACCGAUGAGCAGUGGAGGGGAGAGGUGCUAAGAGAGAGACUUCGCCAGCAGGAGGACCUCCUGAAGGCUCAGCUGCGCAGACGCAUGUGGUCUCAGGAAGAAUUUCUGAGCCAGCGCAGGCAGCAGACCGAGGGGAGUCUACAGGGACUGCGCAGACGAGUGGACAAGCUGGGCCAACUGCUGGGCAACUGCACCUCGGACUCCCUCUCUCUGAGCUCCACUGAGCCCCCACUCAAACAAGGCUGUCCAGAUGCUCCAGAGAGAUGGUGUCUCCAGGAGAGUGCGCAAGCGGAGGUGUCCCACAAACCUGUGAGACUGGAUCCUACACUCCCAGAGAAGGAGCCAGGCCCCAGGCUGAGUCCAGGCCUCUGACAGCCUCCCAGCCUUGGUGCAGGUGUGAAGUUAACCCUAGAUGCUGAUCUUGGGUCAGCUUUGCAUUUCCCCCGCUAAUGGUUAAGGUUAGGAUUGGGGGAGGGGACGCUGAUCCUAGAUCAGCGUGAACAGCCUAAACUUGACCCAGCAUCACAGCAAUAUUUACCCAGGGUGAAAAGGAACAGUCUCUCAUACAUCCAAAGUGCACUUGGCCUGUCAGCAGGAUCAUCAACCAAGAGAAAGAAAAUAUAUGUCAUAUAUUUAUAUCUAUACAAGUAUGAAUAUUAACAGUACCAGUCAAAGGUUUGGACACACCUACUCAUUCAAGGGUUUUUCUUUAUUUUUACUAUUUUCUA